AUGGUAGCAGACCAAGCACAUCACAAGGAAGUCAUUGCAGCAAUGGCAGCAUUGGGAGAAGAGUUCUCAAUGAGAGCCGCGACCAGAGACGGAGAACCCGACAAUGAAGCCUACAAAAAAUGGUCCAAGCAACAGAUUGCAAAGACCCAGUUCCAAGCGCUCGAACAAGCACUCACGGCCAACUACAUCGAACUGGCAAAGCUCAACAUGAUCCAAUACAAAGGAGGAACGGUGACAUACGACAGGGUGGCUACUUUAUUCGGCAGAAUCGCCACGAUUCUAAACAGGUUCAAAUCCCCUGCCAACCAACCUAUCAGACUUGGCAGGAGUAGCGUUCCAAGCCUUCACACAAGAAAUCAAGGACAUUGUGGCUGA